GUCCGCAGCUGCGCAUCGCUGCGAACGCCAUCUUUACAGAACAUCCUUUUGUAGGACCCAGUUGUUCGUCCUUUGCUCAUACAGUUCUACUGUAGGCCAUAAUAAACUUUACAUUUCUCUUGAUGCUCUUGGAUUAAAGCUGGACAACGUAUACGUUACAAAAACGACUACAAUGACAAGCAGCAAUCUUACACCGGUUAAUAUUCAAAACAGUGCUCCUUCGCCGAGACCCCUCAACGCACAGCGCAAUUUGGCGUCACCAGCAGCUGAACAGGGGGCAGAAAUGGAGGGAUCAACACCAGCUUCGGAAUCAGUACCUGAAAGUGGUGCCAACGAGUCACUGGAGAUGAUCCUUGACUUGAAAAGCUUCAGAAGACCCGGGGAGAAAACGUUUACCCAGCGAUGCAGGUUGUUCGUGGGUAACCUGCCCACAGACUUGACAGAAGAGGAUUUUAGGAAGCUUUUUGCGAAAUAUGGAGAAGCCAGCGAGGUGUUCAUUAACCGGGACCGGGGAUUCGGAUUCAUUCGGCUGGAAACCAGAACACUGGCAGAGAUCGCCAAGGCCGAGUUGGACGGGAUAGUAAUGAGGAAUCGGCCAAUCCGCGUUCGCUUUGCCACCCACGGCUCAGCUCUCACCGUGCGGAAUUUAUCCCCGGUGGUGUCAAACGAACUACUGGAACAGGCCUUUUCCCAGUUUGGGCCGGUGGAGCGGGCCAUUGUGGAGGUGGACGACCGGGGCAGACCCACUGGCAAGGGCUUUGUCGAGUUCGCCUCCAAACCAGCAGCUCGCAAAGCAUUGGACCGCUGCACAGAUGGGGCCUUUUUACUGACCACAACACCCUGUCCUGCUAUUGUUGAGCCAACAGACCAGUUUGACGAUGAGGACGGCCUUCCUGAAAAGAUUUUACAAAAAAGUGCUCAAUAUCACAAGGAGAGAGAGAAGCCCCCUCGCUUCGCCCAGCCUGGGACGUUUGAGUUUGAGUACUCCUCCCGCUGGAAGGCCCUGGAGGAGAUGGAGAAGCAGCAGCGCGAGCAGGUGGAGCGCAACAUCAGUGAGGCCAAAGAGAAGCUGGAGGCCGAGAUGGAGGCAGCGCGACACGAGCACCAGCUCAUGAUGAUGAGACAAGAUCUAAUGCGACGUCAAGAAGAACUGAGGCACCUGGAGGAGUUGAGGAAUCAAGAGCUGCAAAAACGCAAACAGAUAGAAAUGAGGCAUGAGGAGGAGAGGCGCAGGCGAGAGCAGAUGAUGCGGCAGUCUGAGCAAGAGGAAAUGAGGCACCAGACAGACGGUUUUAAACCCAGCUACAUGGACAAUAGAGACCAGGAUGUGAGGAUGGGAGAUGUGGGACCACGUGGACCGUUAAACAUGGCAGAUGCAUAUAACCCCACCCCUGGCAACGCUAACAAGGCCCCCCCUCAGAUGAGCAUCACCGGCCGGGGAGGAGCCCUGGCGGCUGAGGGAGGGGCCAACAUGGGAACCCCGAUGAUGCCCCCGGAUACUGGCACCAUGCGUGUGGACAGGUUCUCCCAUGGCACCGCACCCCCCUCUCCGGGGUUCCCCAUGGGGGGUCGACCAGGACUGGAGCCCCAGCAGCAGCCCCCACUGGGCGUGGUAGGCUCAGGCCCUAUGGGUGAUGGGGCUGGUGGCCCAGGGGGAUUUGGCCGGGCCAGCCCUGGCGGUGGUAACUUUGAUGGGCCCAACAGCAAACGCCGCCGAUACUGAAAAGAUUUGCACAGGCCCCCUCCCCUGUGGCAAGCCUGCCUCCAGUCUGUCCCACCCCCACCAUUAAAAAAAGACAUUGGAAAGGACUUUUGUGUAUGGGCCUGUAACAUGGUUUGGCCAAAAAGUUUUGACAUUGAUAUCAAGCAACAGUGCAGUUGUCUAUGUGAAAAGAAUCACUUUUGCUUUUUUUCUACAGCAAAAACAGUAUAAAAAAAAUUAGGAUAUUCAAAACAACUGAUAAUCAUUGAGGCAUUCUGUACAAAUUCACAUAAGUUGACAUCUUCAUUGAGUUCAUAUUAUGAUCUAACUUGCUUUGUGUGUUUAAAAAAUUGCCAGAAUAGGUGUUAUAUUUAUUUUUUUUGUUGUAUUUUAUUUGUUAUUUAAUGUUUUAUUUUACCAGGAAGUGAUCUUUUGCAAAGAAAACCUGGUUUGAAAGAGCAACAAGGACAAAUGUUACAAUGUUAAUUAUUUUUUAUUUAAUUUAAGUUAAUUUAAGUUAAUAUGUAACUUAAUUCUAUUUAAUUUUACUCUUCGUGUAGGUCUCAACGUUCCAGUGUUAAGCUGCAUGUUUCUGCUUUUUCUCUUCUAAUCCAUUUCUUUAUGAGUGGACUGUCCUCUUUCCUGCCACAUUCUGCUCCAUGGGUAUUGGUGCUGUAAUAAAGCCCUGGUUUGAACUGUCUGGUGGAAGCUUCUAAGUCUCUAUUCUGCACUGUAAAUAAAUAGAUUUCCGUGAACUACAUAAA